GGAACAUGUUAUUUUAUAUCUCAUCUCUUCUUAUAUACCUUCUGUUCUUUCAAAUAGACACAAAUCUCCCUAGUAAGUACAUCCUCAUCACUGAAGAGAAGACUUGGAGAGAGGCUCAGCGCUACUGUCAGAAGAACCACACGGACCUGGCCAGUGUGAGGAAUGAAACAGAGAAGAACACCAUACAGAACAUCAUACAGGACACCAUUCAGAAGAACUAUACGGACCUGGCCAGUGUCAAGGAUAAAGCAGAGAAUAACACCAUACAGAAGAUCAUACAGAAGAACUAUACGGACCUGGCCAGUGUCAAGGAUAAAGCAGAGAAUAACACCAUACAGAAGAUCAUACAGAAGAACUAUACAGACCUGGCCAGUGUCAAGGAUAAAGCAGAGAAUAACACCAUACAGAAGAUCAUACAGGACACCAUACAGAAGAACUAUACGGACCUGGCCGGUGACAAGGAUGAAGAAAGGAGGAACAUCAUAGAGAAGGCCAUACGGGACACCAUGAAGGCAAGUUCAUUUCACUUCAACUCAUUUGCAAAACAUUUACAGGAAGAGGUGUGGAUCGGCCUGUAUAGAGAUUGGAGGUGGUCCGACCAGAGUGGCUCAACCUUCAGAAACUGGAAUGCAGCCGAGCCAAACGGGGCAAACGAAAAGCUCUGUGUGGAAGUUCUGUUCCCAUCUGGAGAGUGGAAUGAUAACCCUUCUACCACCAAACAUCCUUUUAUCUGCUAUGAUGAUAAGCUGGUCCUGGUCUCAGAGAACAAGACGUGGUCAGAAGCCCUGUUACACUGCAGACACCUGAACAUGGAGCUGGUGUCUGUCCACAACCACAGCAUCCAGCACUGGGUCCAACAGGAAGCCAAGAAGGCCUCCAGUCCCUACGUCUGGCUGGGCCUGAGGUACACCUGCACCCUGAACUUCUGGUUCUGGGUCAAUGGAGAAGGGUCCUGCUUCCACAACUGGGCCGACGGGGAGGGCUACAACACCAGCAAGGAGCAGUCUGGGAACACGGGGGCCAUAGAGAGAGACGGGGGGAAGUGGGUCAGCCUGCCUGAACUCACAAAUUCAACUUCAUCUGCAGCAAGAGUGAUGAUUACUAAAACCAGACCUGAUCUCUGGACCAGCUGAAUCCUACAGCCCAACACAUUGUUCCUGAUCUCUGGACCAGCUGAAUCCUACAGCCCAACACAUUGUUCCUGAUCUCUGGACCAGCUGAAUCCUACAGCCCAACACAUUGUUCCUGAUUCUGGACCAGCUGAACCCUACAGCCCAACACAUUGUUCCUGAUAUCUGGACCAGCUUAAAUUAUUUAAUAUUUUUUUAUGUUUUAUAUCUCUUAUUGAAUUGAUUCAUUUCAUACGCUUAUUAUUUCUUAACAUAUACUGGAUAUCUUAUUACCCACAUCAUUACUAAUUAUCUUAUUAACCAUGUACAUUACUAGUUAUCGUAUUACCACAUCAUUACUAGUUAUCUUAUUAACCCACAUCAUUACUGGUAUCCUAUUAUCCAUACUAA